CUACUGCAAGAAAAGGUGGACGCUAUUGCCCGACUGAGAGAUGAGUUAGCAUCUUCAGCAGAACGUGGGCGAGUACUUCUGAAUAAAAACACCGAACUUCGCGAUCAGUUAGAGAAGACGGAUGCUGCACGUGAGAAACUUGCACAGGAGUUGAAGCAGAGUCAAGAUGCCCUCAUCCAUCUUCAGAGAAGCACCAGUAUAAAUGGACGACACUGGUCAAUAAUGUCUAACAACAACACCGGGAAUAACGUCAACAGUGCUCUUGGCGUAGGAACGAUUAACGGUUUUGGGUCCACUUCACAUGACAUUUAUCACGAGCUUAAUAAGAAUGCCAUCACAACCGUAAGAAAUGCGGGUUGGUUACCAUCUCACGGGUAUACGGAUGCUUCUAGUUUGCCAGAAGUACAUUCCCAGCGUGGAGUAAAUGGAAAUGCCAGCAAUCCUCAAGGAGCAUUGGUGGGUGAAACGAAAAAUUUGAGUAAGGCUUCACAUGAUCUUCCACAUCCGGUGAACAACAAAACGGCAAAUAAUUUUGAGACGGAGGCGGAAGGUUUCUCUGUUAAUAGUUUGGCAAAAUUGCCUACCACGUCCGGGAGUCAAAUGGUAAACGGUAAAAGCACGCGUCAUCCUUUGGAUACUACGGCCGUCAAUGUUGCGUUGAAUUCGAGGAAUCAAGCGUUCGUCACAAAAAGUUUUUUUAAUGAUGGUGGAGACAAUGCGAACUCCACAGCCAAUACAGCUUCAUUUAUGGAAAAACCAACGACAAACUUAACAAAAACAGCAACAGUACCAAGCGCCUACUUUUAG